AAUUAACUAUCGCAAACUAAAUACAUCCCUUCUAUCGUACACCUCACUGCUAUUGAAAUUUCUUCAGAGUAGUGUUCAAUGCAGCUCUGGACGAUGAUUCCGACAUUGAGUUUUAGUGAUUUUCUGGCUGAAAACGAAAGAAGAUAGUCAUUGAAUGCCUGUAACUAUGAUCCGACAAAUUCUGAAGUUUACAGGCGUACGCAAUUUAUCAUGAUAUUGUUUUUAUUUUAAUUCCCUAUGACAAAUCGAAGUAGAGUAUUUCAUUUUUGAUCUUGAUCAUAGAUUGAUUGUCAACUAUCAAAUAAAAAUAAUAUAUUUUCGACUGUUUUCACUAUCAACUUUGAAGGAUGUAACUCUAAUUUUAAUUUUUGUUUUUGUUUUAAGAGAUUUCUCUUCAUGCUCAACUUACAUUGUAUUCAGAAAAGAAUAGUAUGUUUAUUCUUUUUAAGAUUAGUGUAUUUCAACCGAAACAUAUGUGGUUCAAGUCUUGUAUGACCAAAAAAGACCAUAGUUAAGUAAAGUUCGAUAAAUAAAUACAUAUUGUUUCUAUUUAAAUGAAGCAGAGAUAAACCAUUUUUUUUAUUCUAAUAAAAUAAACAUAUCAAUGUUUGCAUCUUAAAGCUACGUUCCUGAUGUAUUUCUAAUACAAAAUUAUAUUUAUCUACCUUUUCUGUCCUGAUGAAUUUUUUCAAUCAUUGCAUCAAUUGUAAUAUAAUUACUGGUACGAUCAACAUCAGCUCUAGAAAAAUUUUUCUAUUUUCUUUUUCUAUUAGGUUCAAUGGACAACAAUUGGAUAUUGUUCAGGAUUCGUUUGUUCAUUAACUUCAUGUAUUAAAUGAAAUAAUGCAUGUGAAUCAUUUGGAAUAUUCAUAUCUUUCCAUUAUUGUAUAAUGAUAUUGAAUAAUAAAACGAGAUUCAUUUAUUCAAUUUAAUGAUAAUGCAACAUCAUUUGUUAACGAUGAUGAUGUUAAAAUAUUGGUUAUCUUAUAUAAAUAGAAAGAAUAAGAGUUUUUUUUUUGAGGUUUAUCAUUAUAGAUAAUAAUGAUGUUGCAUAAAAUUUUUAUUAUUUUACUCUUAAUAGUUCUUUUUAAUGGUAAUAUUCAAGGACAAUUUCGUCGAUUAUCAUAUCCAAAUGGAAAACAUAGUAUUGUUAAAUCUAAUGAUGAUCCUGGUGAACCUCUAUUUCUUACACCUUAUAUUGAACAAGGUAAAAUUGAAGAAGCAAGGCGGUUAAGUUCGGUGGAAUUACCACCUUUUAAACGUCAAUCAUUUUCUGGUUAUUUAACUGUUAAUAAAGAAUUUAAUUCUAAUAUGUUCUUCUGGUUUUUUCCUGCGCAAAAUGAUAAUAUCAAUGCUCCUGUUCUUCUUUGGCUUCAGGGUGGACCAGGUGAAACAUCACUCUAUGGUUUAUUUAAUGAACAUGGUCCCAUUCAAAUUAAUACUGAUGAAAGUUUAUCUGAACGUUCUAUUACAUGGAAUUCAUUAUAUAAUCUUUUAUAUAUUGAUAAUCCAGUUGGUACUGGUUAUAGUUUUACAUCAAAUGAUCAAGGUUAUGCUCGUUCAGAAGAUGAUGUUGCACGUGAUCUUUAUUCAGCAUUAACACAAUUUUUUCAAAUAUAUACUGAUUAUGUAUCAAAUUCGUUUUAUAUUACUGGUGAAAGCUAUGCCGGAAAAUAUGUGCCAUCAAUAGGAUAUAAAAUUCAUAUUGAAAAUCAAAAUCCACAAGUUAAAGUUAAAAUUAAUUUAGUUGGACUUGCAAUGGGAAAUGGAUGGAUAGAUCCUUAUAGACAAUAUGUUUAUGGACCAUUACUUUAUCAGAUUGGUUUAAUUGAUAGUGAACAAUUAUUUUAUGUUAAUCUUCAAUCAGAUUUAGUUCGUUAUGCUAUUAGUCAAAAACGUUUUUCUGAUGCAUCUAAAAUAUCAGAUUCUCUUUUUUAUGGUGAUUUAAAUAAUACAUCUUAUUUAACAAAUGUAACAGGUUUAAGAGCCUAUUAUAACUAUUUACAAACAGAUGUUACUCCUAAUAUGAAUAAUUAUAUUAAAUUUAUAACUAAUGUUGAUCGUCGUCGACAAAUUCACGUUGGAAAUUUAACAUUUCAUGAUGAUGAUCAAGUUGCAAUAAAUCUUGGAAAUGAUAUUUUUCAAAGUAUACCAUCCCAACAAUUAACAAUAUUAUUUGAUAAUUAUAAAAUUCUUAUUUAUAAUGGUUUAUUAGAUAUAAUUUGUGCAGAAAGUUUAACAUUAAAUUGGAUUUCUGAUUUACAAUGGUCACAUUCAAAUGAAUAUAAGAAUGCUAUUCGUCAAAUAUGGAAAGUUAAUUCAACAGAUGAUCAAAUAGCUGGCUAUAUUAAAAUAGUUAACAAAUUUAUGUUAGCUUCGAUUCGAAAUGCUGGACAUAGAGUACCAAUUGGUCAACCACGUGCUAUGUUUGAUUUAUUAAAACGUUUUAUUGAACUUACUUUUAUUAAUUGA